GUCUGAGGUCUGACAGACGGACCUGGUCCAAGACUCUUUCCUCUGUGCUCAGCUAAGCAUCCUGAGCUGCUGCUGCUCUUUUCAACAACCAGAAACAUUUGACCUGAGGAGAUCUUUACAACAGGUAAAAUAUGCUAAAAGGGACCGUGCUCCUGUCUCUGUGUCUAAGCAUCGCCUCUGCAACAUUUGAUUAUCUUUUCGAACAGAGCUCCUUUAUGGAUCCAGAGGAUGUCCUCAGUGUGAGCAUUCCUCUGGAGGGUCUACAGCGUCCUCUGCUGGGAGAAACUCUGUUACUACCAUGCUACUUUGAGGAUCACACUUUUGAAGACCCCGGUGCCCCCCCCAUCGACCCCCUUUCCCAUCGCAUUAAAUGGAGCCACGUCACAAAAGAAAAGGUCACCACCAUCCUCGUGGCUUUGAAGGGACAAGUGCACAUCGGAGAAGAUUAUCUGGACAGAGUUUAUCUGCAGAGCUACCCCCAAACCCCAACAGAUGCCAGCAUCAAGAUAUCUGAGCUGCAUUCCAGUGACACAGGAGUGUAUCGCUGUGAAGUUCAGCAUGGCAUCGAGGACAGCCAUGACACUGUGCACGUCCAUGUUCAAGGUAUCGUGUUCCACUACCGGGCCUUAAUGGGGCGCUACACUUUGACUUUUGAGAAAGCGAAGGCAGCAUGUGCCCAGAACAGUGCAGUUAUUGCUUCUCCUGAGCAGCUUCAAGCAGCAUUUGAUGAUGGUUUCCACCAGUGCGAUGCUGGCUGGUUGUCUGAUCAAACAGUGCGGUACCCAAUCCAUGAGCCUCGGAUGAACUGCUAUGGCGACAAAGAAGAACUUCCUGGGGUCAGGACGUAUGGAGUGAGAAAUCUAAAUGAGACAUAUGAUGUUUACUGCUUUGCAGAUAGGAUGACAGGUAGAGUUUUCCACACUGUUUCUGCAAGAAAGUUAACCUUCUAUGAGGCUGCGCUGGCAUGCGUCAACCAGGGAGCUCAGCUAGCCACCACAGGUCAGCUGUACCUUGCAUGGCAGGGGGGUAUGGAUGUCUGCAAUGCUGGCUGGCUGGGAGAUGGGAGUGUCCGCUACCCAAUCAACGUUCAACGGCCACAGUGUGGAGGGGGUCUGCUGGGGAUGCGAACUGUUUAUCGCUACAUAAACCAGACAGGAUACCCACUUCCUGAUUCCCGCUAUGAUGCCUUCUGUUACACAGAUUCCCCAGAUGAUGAGGGCUCAGGCACCGAUGAGGGAAGUGGUGUUCUGAUUGUUACCACAGUGACAAAGAGUCCUGAGGUGUUCUUCAGCAGGACGACCACAGAGAGCGAAGCAGUUGGAGAGCUGGAGACUCAGCAACCGUUCAAUCUGAACUACACCUACAGCGAGAGCCUAAACAAGCAGGCACUGCCUCAGCCAACAAAUAUCACACAGAUCUCCUUUGACCUUAUUGAGGCCAUCACCAACCAGCCAGCUGUACACAUGGAGACCAGGAAAACAUCUUUCAUCUCCCCAGCUGGUGUGGUCUUCCAUUACCGCUCACCUACUGGCCGAUAUGCUUUCACAUUUGUUGAGGCCCAGUUGGCCUGCCAGGGUGUUGGAGGCUCCAUGGCAACGCCACAACAGCUGCAGCAAGCAUAUGAGGCUGGAUAUCAUCAAUGUGAUGCAGGUUGGCUUCUCGACCAGACUGUUAGGUAUCCCAUUGUGUUUCCUCGAGAAAAGUGUGCUGGAGAUUUUGGAGAGAAACCUGGAGUUCGGACAUAUGGCCUCAGACCGGCAGAUGAGAGAUACGAUGUUUACUGCUACACUGAGGGGAUCAAAGGAGAGGUUUUUCACGUGGGAUCUGCUGAGGGUUUCACCUAUGAUGAGGCUCUUUCUGCCUGUGAAAACCACAGUGCAGUGCUGGCAUCCACCGGAGAGCUCUACGCAGCCUGGAAAAUGGGCUUGGACAAGUGCCGUGCAGGCUGGUUACUGGAUCGUAGCGUCCGCUAUCCUCUCAACAGCCCCCGACCUGGGUGUGGAGAAGAGAAGUCAGGGGUGUACACUUUAUACUCAAACCCCAACCAGACACACUAUCCUGAAACCGAUGCCAGAUUUGAUGCAUACUGUUUAAGAGCUGACUUUCUGCCUGAAGCAAAUGAAACUGGACUGAACACCACAGGUAUCCUGAAAGCUCUAUGGAACCUGACGUCAGUUACUGACUUAUUAAGGCCUGAUGCUUCCUUCAUCGUUCCUCCCAUCCCUGUGGAGAAGUCAGGUUCUGGCUCUGGUUCAGCAAACUUUGAUUCAGGCUCUGAAGGAGAUCCCUCUGCAGAACAGUCCAGCUCUGGAGAUCAGGGUAUCUCCGGAGAUCUGUCUGGUUCUGGAGACCAGGUUACCUCUGGAGAACCGUCUGGUUCUGGAGACCAGAUUAUCUCUGGAGAACUGUCUGGUUCUGGAGACCAGAUUACUUCUGGAGAACCGUCUGGUUCUGGAUACCAGAUUAUCUCCGGAGAUCUGUCUGGUUCUGGAGACCAAGAUGGGUUUGGAAAGACUGUGUUGUCCAAUGGAGGAUCCGGUUUGGGAAGUGCAGCUGGUUCGGGAUCAGGACUCAGUGAAGUGGGAUCCGGCAUCACAGUUGUUUUCUCUGGAGCUGACAGUGUUGUAUCAGGAGAAGGCUUCACUUUAGGAGAACUUCAAGAAGCUGGAGAGGGAAGCACAGGAAUUUUUAUCUUUCCUUUGUUGUCCGGAGCUGGUUCCAGAGUGCUGAGUAAAAGUGGAGACAGGUCCGGGUCUGGGUCUAGAUUUGACUCCAUUGAUAAAGAUUCUUCAGAAUACCGUUCUGUGCAAACUGGACGUCUCACUGACAUGACAUCAGGUUUUAUCUUGGGCCAGGAGUUCUCAGGUUUUAAUGGUUUUCCAUCAGGAUCUUCUUCUGGAAGUGGAAGUGAACAAUCUAGAGCCUUUUCUGGAAGUGCAGAUGCUCAGAUCUUACUGAUAGAUGACAAACUGAUUGAUGCAACUAUUGCCAAGAAAGAGUACAAGCUUAGUGGAGGCCCACUGGAUUUCAGUGGUUCUGGAGACUUAUCAGGAUCUGGGACUCUGAGUAGUGAUCACAGUGGGUCAAGCUCUGGAAGUGGUUCUGAGUUCUUUACUGGUUUGACUUUCAUGGGUUCAGGCUUCACGGAACUUAUUGUGUCAACUUCUGGAGAACACGAGGAGGCCUCUGGAGGUGUAUUCUACAGCUUUGAACAGGGAAGUGGGGUGCAGAUAUCUGGAUUUGGAAUCUCAAGUUUCACUUCUGGGUCUUUUGUUUCUGGAUCUGGGUUCUCAGGAUCUGAAACACCUACAGCCAGAGAUGAGGGCUAUGUUACAUUUCUCACUGAAGGUCUAAUGACAGAAAUAACUGGUCAGGAUAAAAUGCCUCUGGAGCUUGGAGAGGGCUCAGUGGAGCACAGUGGAGUCACAAGGGGUGACACCGGUUCCUACUCUGGUGAUGGAGACAAGGACUCAUUUAAGGACAACUCCUUGAUGUUAGGGGUUUCUUCUGGAGAUUCUUCUGAUCCAUCUGUGGUAAUGUUACUCACUCCAUUAGUUGACCCAGCAGUUACAGAGCCCACCACAGGAACAGAGGAAAAUAUUCAUGGAGCUGAACUGAUAGAAAAGUCCAGAGUUUAUAUGACUCCAGGUCCAACAAUUGUUCCUGCAGGACUGGCAGCUCCUCCUGCAGAAGCCAGACCAGCCUUUCCACAGAUGACACACAUCAUAGAAGCCUUCAAUCCAUGUGAACCAAAUCCUUGUGGCAAUGCUUCAUGCACAGUGGAGGAAGGAGUUGCUCUCUGCUUUGAGGCAGAAGUGUGCCAUCCCAACCCUUGUGCCAAUGGAGCCACCUGUGUGGAGAGUGCAGACUCUUUCAAAUGCUUAUGCCUACCCAGCUACGGAGGGGAGCGCUGUGAGACCGAGGAGCAAUUGUGUGAAGACGGCUGGACAAAGUUUCAGGGAAACUGCUACCUGCACAUCUCUGACAGGGAGGAGUGGCUGGAGGCAGAGAAACGCUGCAGGGACCUGAACUCACACCUGGUCAGCAUCAUCACACCAGAGGAGCAACAGUUUGUCAGCGCUAGUGUCCAGGACUACCAGUGGAUCGGCCUGAAUGACAAAACAGUGGAGAACGAUUUCCAGUGGACUGACGGCACUCCACUGCAAUACGAGAACUGGAAGCUGAAUCAGCCAGAUAACUACUUUAACCCAGGAGAGGACUGCGUGGUGAUGAUCUGGCAUGACAGCGGCAAGUGGAACGACGUGCCCUGCAACUACCACCUACCCUUCACCUGCAAGAAAGGACCAGUGUCCUGUGGGGCUCCGCCUGUGGUGAAAAACGCUCAUAUGUUUGGAAACAGGAGGCCGAAGUAUCCUGUCAACUCCAUCAUCCGUUAUCAGUGCAACUCAGGAUUUCGACAGCGGCAUCUACCGGUGGUCCGAUGUCAGGCUGACGGGCAGUGGGAGAAAUCCAAAGUGGAGUGUACAGAUGUCAAGCCAAGAUCAGAAUACACGGCAGGACCAGCGGGAAUUCAUCAGCGGGAGGCAAAAACAAAUAAACUUAAUUUAGUUUAAAAAUAAUAAAAAUUUCAAAUUACUUUUUUAUAUAAAUUCAAAUCCUUGAAUGCCCAUUCUUUGGGUGCUACAUUAUGGUAACACUUGUUUAAAGUCCUCAUUCCUUUUCAGAAUAUAAAUAUAUUUAAUAUCUGAGUGUUUUUUACAUGAGUUAAGUAAAAUUGCUGCUGUUAUUUUUUAUUUUCUUAUUAUAGGGUCCACUGUAAAACUAUCACACAGAUGGAGGCUGAUGCCCUAUUAAGGGUGGGGCUGUAUAACAUAAAAACUAUAUAAAUUAAAAGGGUUUUGGGGAUUUUUGAAGUGUGGUUCUGUAAGGUUAUUAUUCGUGAUACUUCCUCACCUGUAGUAGAAAGACAUCAUAUCAACGUAAUUAAUGUUUCACUUUUCCUUCCCAUAGAAAGUACUCCUGGAUCAGUGCUUCUUUGUUCUCUUUGUGUCUCUGCUCUGUUCUCUCAAACCUCCAGUCGGUCGUGGCAGAUGGCCGCUCACACUGA